AUGGGCUCUAUCACGAUCUCUGGUAGCAGGCUGCAGUUCAUUACCUUUCCCAAGUCUCAGCUACCAUCUAUGGUAUACGCUAUUAUUAAAAAUGUAUUUUUUCGAAGGCCAGAUACAUUCUUCUCUUAUACAGAAAACAGUCUUGAAGUAUCGAUCAUUGCAGAUGUCGAGACAGUUCGAGAGGAUUUCCCUCGUGAAAAGAGUUUCAAAGGAUAUCUCGUAAAUAAGCACGUGUUUCGAGCACUGCAAUUGGAUUCCGAAGGAGGUCUCGACAACUCCGGAAAGCGCAUUCUUGAGCUGACUGCACCAUUGGCCAAAGCUGGCAUAUCCAUCUUUUAUCUAUCUACAUAUCAGACUGAUUUCAUCUUUGUCAAAGAACGACGAUUACCUCAAGUCAUUCAAGCAUUACAAGCUAGUGAUUUCACAAUAGCAGAUUUGGAUUCCAUAGAUUUAGAUAUCGACACCGCAUCAACUGUAUCAUCAUCCGUACGAUCAACACACUUCUACGGCCACAUGAGAGAAGAUACUCCUUCAGGAGUCAACCUGAUGGGAACGAGUAUAACCAGCAACCCCACAACACCUCUACCAAACAGUUUCUCUCACUCUGCACCAAUCACGAUUCGCCCUAGUCUGGCGUCAGGAUCUAGAACGGCUCGUGUUGGAGGAGAACUUUUUGGAACACCGUUAGGCAAUUCGUUUUUUAAUGAAAGGUCUACGCCUCGUCCGCCUGGAGGCGCGAAAGAAGAUAUGAUGACUACUGUCAGGAGGCUUGGACGAAAACUCGUGUUGGGCCAUAUGUUGAGAUUGGUUGGUCUCAGUAGGGAUCAUAUUGAUGGUUGGGCAAUGAAGCUGAUUCGGAUUUUGUUUUAUCCUGGCAACAGCAAACAUGAUUCGGAGACACGAUUUUUCUCAUAUACGGCCACAGAAGAAGGAAUAUCUCUGGUAGCUGAGGAAGAAAUAUUGGAUGAGUUCCCUGAAAACGCUUUGAAUUCCAGCGCUACACCAUGGUCCUUACGCUGUAUCCAAGUGGAUUUGGGAAACUUUCAGUCUGAUCCAUCUGGUAUUGUAUAUUCUAUGAGUGAACCGUUAUCAGCUGGUGGAAUCAAUUUGCUGUAUCUGUCAACGUACAUGACUGCAAACGUAUUAGUAUCAUCUCAUGAUCUGGACAAUGCAUUAUCGCUUCUCAAUGUCGACGAGUUACCUACGCCUCCAACAGAUGAGGUUUCUUCAACAAAUGGAAACACCCCACUUCCCUCUAUAUCUCGACGCAAUAACAAUGUUGGUACAGUCUCUGAUGUUGAAGCUGACGACGAAGGGGAAGUUUCAGACGGACCAAGUCAGGCGGGUAAGAAAUCCAGUCAUAAGAGUAGUAGUGCUGGACUUGAUGAGGAUGAUUUGGCAGAACGACAUCUUGAGAACUUUUUGGACUCGGAUUCGGAUAAUGAGGCUGAUGAGGCCGAUUCUUCAUAG